UUUAUGAAACCUCUGCUUACGAAUGCAAGUCCAACAUUGCUAGAGACACUACCAUCAUUUCUGGCACCGUUUGCAAGAAUGUUCACAACCGAGCAACAGCUAAGUUUGUAUACCCAGGCGGACGAUUCGGAUUCAGUGAAUACCCAGUCGACGCCCAAUGAAAAUCCAUUUCUAAGGGUACGCUAUUACAAUUCAACCGGUAAACUAUCAAUGAACAAUGGCAUGCCCGAGUUGUAG